AUGUCAUCAUCAUUUCUGACAAUCAACUCUAAAGUUCCCACAUCGAUUGAUUCAUUUGAAUUUUUAUAUCAACUAUUGCUCAAAGAUGUUCAAUUAUUAAUCAAAGAACUUAAUUCAAUUUACAAACCUUGUCGGAACAUUCUUGCAUUAUUAGCGGGCUGUUAUUUAUUAAAAAAAAUUCUUCCACUACCCUAUCGUACUUACAGAACAUUGAAAUUAUAUUUUUUUCCGUAUCAAAUUAAUCCAGUACUAGUAAAAAUACCAUUAUCAAAUAGUAAUAAUACAAGUAAUAUUGAUUAUGGUGAACAUUGGGCAAUUUUAAAUGAUGCCACGACACCGUGUGGAUAUGCCUUUGCACAAAAUUUGGCUAAACGUGGUUAUAAUCUCAUAUUAGUUUCAACAGAUGAAUUAAAAGAUCAUUUAGAGCAAUUAUCUUCAUAUAUUCAAAAGACAUACUCAAUACGAACAAUGACUGUUCUCUAUAGAUGGAAUUCUGAUGUGAUGAAUGCUGGUGGUAACUGGUCAUCAGUAUCACCACCAACACUUGGACAAAUACCGUUAACAACCAAUAAUACAAGUUUUCAUCGUGUUGGAUCAUUUGAUCGUUUAGAAACAAUUGAAAAUAUAGCAAGAAGUUCAAAUUUAGUACUCUAUAUUAAUUGUACACGACCAUUUGAUGAUCGAAAUUUAUCAAAAACAUUGAAUCCAUCAGAAAUGCAAUCAAUCAUAAACAAUUAUUUAGUACCACCAAUGCAACUUAGCUAUCUCGUUCUACCCUACAUGUCAACUCGUUCACGUCCAGCUUAUGUUUUAAAUGUGAUGCCUCAUCGUUCUUGUAUGGAAUCAAGUUUACAUAAUUUAUUACAGGUCUAUUUUAAUUCACGUAAACACGAUUAUUCUAAUCGUGGUUUAUUACAUUUUCAAACCGUUUAUCUUCCACCAUCAUGGAUCAAAGCAACCGCUGAUAGUCGUUCAUUAGAAAUAUUUCAAAAAUUAAUAUUAUCAAAAUAUGGACAAGAUAGUAGUGCUCAUUCUAUAUGGGGAUCAUGUGAUCCUCAGUCGUAUGUUGAUACAAUAUUAAGACAAUUAGGACGAACGGAAAAAAGUUCGGGAUAUUGGUUGGUGGCAUUACAGUUAUUUUUACUAGCAUGUUUGCCAAAAUUUAUCUCACAUCGUCUAGUUAGUUAUUAA